AUGCAAUUGCCAGCUGUCUUACAGUCUCUCAACAGUAAUACUAAAAGAUGUAUCAUAGAAUGGGCAAAUAUUGUUCAAGAAAAACACAGGUCAGAUGAUGUUGACAGCGAUGAUGAUAAUAUAACUUAUUAUGGAGACCCUCUUCUCAUAAUUGAAUGGAAUGAAGCAGAACUUACUCAACGAAAUAUUCAAAAAAAUACCGUGGUGAAUUAUAUUCUUGCAUUUCAAGGUUGUAAUCCUUUGCCAGACGCUGGUCUACUUCCAUCAGAUUCUCUUUCUAU